UCCAUGUGCCAAAAUCAUUCCAUGUCUAACGUGAGUGUUUGUGAAUUCGUGCAUAUCAGAAGCUUUUCAUAAGGCUGAAGAGAAUGGCUCCGAAGCCAAGGUACGAGGAUCUGUGCAAGUCCUUGAAGUCCACGGGGAGGAGUGAGAAGGGGGAGAGGGCAGCAAAGGAAGACAAGAAGACAGUCAAGCAAAGACAUAGCAUAAGGGAUAUUCCUCAAUUCAAGAAACAGAAGACAAACAUAGUCCGUAGGACAGAAGCAGUGCUCUCUGACCCGCCGCGAAAAAAACACAGGGGGAAACUGGUCGAACACAACAAAUCACCUGUCGCGAGUCCUCUGCGGCGGAAGAGACACGGCGACAGUGAGAGGCAGCCCCCAAGAGCACCAGAGAAGAAAAGACGAGAAAAAAAAGCACAACUGCAACAACAGAGGACAAAGAAGAGUAUAAUUUACAGAAGAGACAUGACUCCUGAAGCAAUCGACCUCAGAGGGUCAUACGAUUUACGAACCACCGCUCAGGAGGAAGGCGAAGAAGAAGACUCCAGCGAAGCAAUGUUAGAAGAAGUAGAACAUGAGAGAAUGCAAGAGCGAGGAGAAGGUGACGACACUGAUGCUGACCAUGAUGUCGAUGCAGAGGAGAGCAAUCCGGAGGGAGAUAGCACUGGCGACAACAUGGACAGAUCCGAGGAGGCCGAAGAGGAAGAGGAAGGCAACAGUGAAGACAAAUAAAGAGAGAAUACAUCUGCUGAAAACAGUGCAAAAUGUGGAAGUGAUGAAAAAAAGGCAGGCGCACUAAAGACUUCAUCGAAUGACAAACAAAUUGUGCAGAGGGAG